AUGCUUUUGCUGUUAGCUACAAGAUGGAUAUACAAAUUGGACUUAUUAUGGAGAAAACAAGUAAUUUGUAAUCAAAAUGUAUUUUUGGAGUUUGAAGCUUUGGCAAGUCUCAAAAGUGAGGAAAAGUCGGAAAUAAAUUUUUUCGAAAUUGGAAGAAUUGACGGGGAUGAGGAGGUUUUUGAUUUUACCCGUUUACUUUUAUUUUCAAAUGUUAAAUUGGAAGAACAACAAAAACAACAAGCAAUUCAAUCGUUGUCUUCUCUUCAAAAUGAUUUUUUCGUUUUCAAUGAAAAUACAAAAUGUGCUUGGUCUAAAAUGUCUUCUGAAGAGAUUAAUGAUGAUAAAAUUGAAAACGAAAUUUUUGAUAUUGGCCGAGUCAUUUAA